CAGGCAGAUACUUAAGGCCUGAAUCAAACUCUCUGUGUUCCCCCAGGCUGAUUGAUGGGCAGGAUGAGGACUGUGGCACUGCUGUUGCUGCUGGCCUUUCAAUGCCUAGACGGAGUCUGGGCCUUGAAAUGUCACACUUGCCGUGCUGACUCUGAAACAUGUGCUGGCCCAAUGCAAUGUGCCUCCGAGGAUAAAGCCUGCUUCCAGCAGAAACAUACUAUCGUAGAGAACCAAGCAAAGAGCAGCCACACAAAAGUGGUAAAGACGUGUGUGCCAUCCUGCGAAAAUCCUGGUCCUAUUUCAACCGGCUUGAUGCAUCGCUUUGGUCUUCUGGAGUUCAGCUUGCGUACCUCUUGCUGCACCACUGACCUGUGCAACGCAGCACCAAGCCAGGGGAUUGGGGCCGCCACGGUAGGGAUGAUGCUCUUGGCCCCAGUGCUAGCCGCACUCCUGGGGGACUUCCUCUGACUGUUGAGCCUUAAGAACACAAAGGAGGCUCUGACAGCUGCCUUCAGUGAUGUACUCAGGUGUUGAGUUGCCCACGACUUGUGUGGGGUAUGGGGUGCCCCUCCCUGAGCCAGGGAGUAGCAAGUAUUCCACUGAUGCCAGAUGGUCCCGGUCUGCCCUCACCCCCAACUCUAAAAUAAAACUCGU